AUGGGCGUAAUCUUUUAUCUCCGGGUUGUCAAUUCUAUUCAUGACGAGAUUGGCGAUGUCCUUGUGUCGCGCUCUCGAGCGGAGCAAGAUAGAGCGAAUGCUCUUAAGGAUCUCAUCCGCGAGAGGGAUGUUCAAAAGCUGGUUACUUCGUGGCAAGAUAUACUCUCGCAAUGGCAAGAUAGAAAUGACUUGAUUACGGAAAUGUGCCUCAGAGCGAUUGGGAGCUGGGUCAGUUGGAUUAACAUCUCCUUGGUGGUUAACCAGACGAUGCUUGACCUUCUAUUCCGUCAACUUGCCAAAGCCAAGGAUGUUGAUCUUCGACAGGGCGGAGAAAAGGUUCGGGAUGCUGCAAUCGAUGUGUUUACGGAAAUCGUGGGGAAAAAGAUGAAAGCCUCCGAUAAAGUUGAUAUGAUCGUCUAUUUGAAUCUGGAGAGCAUAGUCGCUCAGCUUACUACGAGCCCUCCAUUACAUGAACACCGGUUUACAUAUAAAUACGAUACCGAUCUCGCCGAAACAGUGGCUAAGCUGGUGAACAUCACGGUUAUUGACAUUGUGAAAACUCUCGAUAGCGAAGAUUCUGACAACGCUACCAAAGAAAAGGCUGAGGUCCUCUUGCAAGCAUUUCUGCCCCAUAUACUCCGUUACUUCUCUGACGAAUACGACGAAAUAUGCUCCACAGCCAUACCUGGCGUGAAUGACCUCCUAUCAUAUUUUCGAAAGGUAGCCAGAAAGAACCCCGCCGUUAUACCUCAACAGAGCUCUAUGCUAUUACCUAUUUUGAAAGCCAUUAUCCAGAAAAUGCGUUACGAUGAGACUUCCUCGUGGGGAACUGAAGAUGAUCAGACCGACGAAGCGGAAUUCCAGGACCUACGCAAGCGAUUGAAUGUCUUACAGCUAUUAAUUGCGGCCACAAACGAGCAACUUUAUAUGGAUGCUGUGACCGAGGUUGUACGAACAACUUUCCAGAACUUACAACAGUCUGGCGGCCAGUUAGAUUGGCGUGACCUUGAUCUCGCUCUACAUGAAAUGUUCCUUUUUGGCGAACUAGCCGUCCGAUCAGGCGGAUUGUAUACCAAAAACAAACCCAACAACCAGGCGUCUGAACGACUAAUCGAGAUGAUGCUUAUGAUGGUCGAAUCCGAUAUAAGGUCGUUCAACCAUCCCGCAACACAGCUGCAGUUUAUGGAAAAUAUGCGUCAGGUGCCUGUCGAAGGGCCGGACGAGGAUAUGUCUUCCGAGGAUCACGAAGGUUCAGCCGACGUAGUGUUCAACAAUCAGCUUUACCUUUUUGAAGCUGUUGGAACAAUUUGCGCGACGUCGUCUAUCCCAGUGGACAAACAAGUCUUUUAUGCCCAAUCGAUUAUGAACCCUAUCUUCAUGGAUAUGGAGAGAAACCUCGGGGCUGCAAAAUCGCGAGAUGAACGUGCACUGCUACAGAUUCACCAUGAUAUACUAGCUUUAGCUGGCCUUGCAAAAGGGUUUUCUGACUGGAUUCCGGGAACGUCUCAUCACGUUAUGCCUCCCGCUCGAGAGGUCGCAGAUGCAUUUGGACAAGUUGCUGAAGCGACCCUUGUAGCCCUGGAAGCUCUAAACUUUUCCUUUAGUAUCAGAACAGCAGCUCGAUCCGCAUUUUCUCGGCUUGUUAGCGUUCGGGGCGCACAGAAUCUGCCGCAAUUGCCACGGUGGAUUGACGGUUUGCUUACGCAAACUUCAUCGAAAGACGAAAUGGCCCUAUUUUUACGCCUUUUGGACCAAGUCAUCUAUGGAUUCAAAACUGAAAUAUAUGGCGUCCUCGAUACUCUCCUCACUCCCUUCCUUCAACGCGUCUUUGCCGGAAUCUCUGAACCAACGACAGGAACAGACGACGAAAUACAGCUUGCUGAGCUAAAACGGGAAUAUCUUAACUUUUUGCUAAUGAUCCUGAAUAAUGAUCUUGGUACUGUGAUCAUUAGUACUGCCAAUCAGCCUAUUUUUGAAACUGUUAUAACGACAAUUGAACAUUUCUCAAAGGAUGUCGACGAUUUUCCUACGGCAAAAAUGGCGUUCCUCGUUUUAUCCCGCAUGUCGAAUUUAUGGGGUGGACCAGAUAUUAUUCAGGCGCCCAACCCUGCAAACGGCGCAGCACCUUCGCAGCCAGCUUUGCCUGGCUUUACCCAAUAUAUGAUGACUCGCUUCUCUCCGCUCUGUUGGGCAUUACCAAUGAAUGCUUCUUUCAACCCCAAGGAUGCUCAAGCGAAACAGGUCCUUGGAGAAGCCGCAACCCUACAGAAAAAAAUAUAUUGCAAAACAGGCCCGGAAUAUGUUCGAUGGUUGAGGGAGACAGAGCUACCAGGAUUGGGGAUGGGGCCCGAUCUUGUUAACGAAUACGUGGGAUCUCUAGAAAUGUUAGAUACAAAGGGCUUUCGUAAUUUUUUUCAGGUAUGUGCAGAAGCUUGUCGCUUUGCCCCUAUUUCUGAAUCUGCUAUAUUUUGA